AUGGAACACCUGGUGCCGCUACGUCGUGAGAACUGGAGCUUCUUCGAGCGACAGAAGCAAGUCUUUGGCAGCUUGUUCAAGGACAUGGAUGAUGAGUGGAAAGAGUUCGACAGAGAGCUCGAGAGGAUGCGCAGCGAGAUGUUCACCUUGAAGGCCUUGGACUUCAAUGACUUUGGGUCUGCGCUGAUCAAACCAGAACAUCCUAUUGUCUCUGAUGCCGAGGGAAACAAACGACUGUCGCUGAGGUUUGACUGCAAGGAGUUCAAACCCGAAGAGAUUACAGUGAAAACCGUGGACAACAAACUCAUGGUACAGGCCAAGCACGUGGAGGAGUCUCCAGGCAGGAAGGUCUACAGAGAAUUCAGUCGCCAGUACGUUCUUCCUCACAAAAUCGACCCUCUGACCUUGAACUCUACCUUGGCGGCAGACGGUGUGCUGAGUAUUGAAGCCCCAGCGCCGGCAGCCAUUGAAGCCCCCAGGGAAAGACUGCUGCCCAUCCAGCGUCUGUAG